AUGCAAGUGAGUGAGCAUGCCAUGUGGUACCGAGUUUCAUCGGCGCUCUUCUAUGGAAUCGCUUCUUUUUUGAUAACUGUGAUCAACAAGACGGUGCUGACAACCUACAACUUUCCAUCAUUCCAAGUCCUAGGUCUCGGACAGAUGGUAUCCACGAUAAUUAUUCUGUACGUCGCUAAAAAACUCCACUAUGUUGACUUUCCUAACCUAGAAGCGUCAACGAUACCUAAAAUAUUUCCACUGCCGAUAAUUUACAUCGGAAAUAUGAUCUUCGGUCUCGGAGGAACCAAGCAAUUGAGCCUGCCGAUGUUCACUGCGCUGAGGAGGUUCAGUAUCUUGAUGACGAUGGUCGCUGAGUACUACAUGCUGAGUAUAAAACCUCCGAUGCCUGUCCAGCUGAGUGUCCACACUAUGAUAAUCGGAGCCGUAAUCGCAGCUUGCGAUGACCUUGCGUUCAAUCUAGAAGGAUACAUAUUUAUUUUUGUAAACAAUAUCUUCACAGCGGCUAACGGAGUUUACACCAAGAAGAAAUUGAACUCCAAAGAGCUGGGGAAGUACGGAUUGAUGUAUUAUAACUCGUUGAUAAUGAUCGUGCCAUUGACGUUGGUUGCUUGGUGGACGGGCGACAUCAACAAGGCCAUGCAGUUUAACCACUGGACUAAUUUGUUAUUUAUUUUGCAGUUUAGUUUGUCCUGUAUCAUGGGCUUUAUUUUGUCCUACAGUGUUCUGCUAUGUACAUUUUAUAACUCGGCUUUAACUACCACAAUUAUUGGUUGUUUGAAAAAUAUUACUGUUACUUACUUAGGGAUGGUUGUCGGUGGUGAUUAUAUUUUUUCAUGGUGGAAUUUUAUUGGUUUGAAUCUCAGUGUCGUCGGAAGUUUAAUGUAUACUUGGAUAACUUUUAAGCCUAAAGAUAUUGUAGAGCCAAAAUACUCGCCGAUAGUUACUACGCCAAGUACAUUGUUGAGAAGAUACAGCACAGCCGGGGGUAAUGAGUUUCCAGAGUUUUAUACCAAGAACCAUGUAGAGUUGACGAGUCUCCAGCGCGCAGUUCUCGCUGGAGGUUCAGCUAUUGUCUCACUAAUAGAUCCAUCACGCGGCGAUAUGAUUGCAUGUCUCGGCGAAACAACUGGUGUACAGGCGUUGAAAUAUUGCCAGCAACGUAUGCUAUUAUCGCCGGAAGGUGCUAAAAUACUGGCAGAUAAGCCGCGUAUCAAUACAGUCACUGUCGAUUUCUCCAAACUGAAAGAGCUGCCUGAUGGUACGCUCGGCAAAACUUAUUAUGAUUUUUUAGUCAUUAAUCAAGUAUCACCGGAUUCCAGAGAUAACGUUAAGUUUAUAGACGAUCCAGAGCUGGCAUACGUAAUGCAGCGUUACCGUGAAGUUCAUGAUAUAUUUCAUGCCGUCCUGUUAAUGCCAACAACUAUGCUCGGUGAAGUGAGUGUCAAGUGGGUUGAAGCACUUCAAACCAAGUUACCCAUGUGUAUCGGUGGUGCAUUGUUCGGCGCAGCUCGUCUACGUCCUCGCCAAAGAAAACUGUACGUAAAGCAUCAUUUACCUUGGGCUAUAAAUACUGGAAAAAAGGCCGGAUUCCUCUUGAAUACAUACUUCGAAAACCGGUGGGAGCAAUCGCUCGAUGAUUUCCACAAGGAAAUGAAUAUUCAGCGACUUGUUUGA